UUGGCAACCCUCAGCCAAACUGCCAUUUUGUGAGAUUCCCAUGUAAUGGUCGAUAUUCUUGAUGCUUAUCAGCGCUUCUAAUUUCAAAUUUACAUUAAAUAAAGUUGAAGUGAACGUGAUUAUUUUAAAAUAAUUGUCUACUUAAUAAUACGAAUUAGUUCGUGCAAGAUUGAGGUUUUCAGUGAUCUGCUGAGUGAUUAGUGUUUGUAAUUCGUUUGGGAUAGUGGUUCGUCGAAGUGAGCUUUCAUGAUUGGAUUACCGCGUAGCGAUAGAGAUAGAGAUCGAAUUACGGUGAAAAUUCGCAAUAUGAAGCGAAGUUCGUCGCGUGAUAGUAUGCCGCGAUCAAAACGGACACGCAGCAGUAUUGGUAGGUAUGACGAUAGCUCUGACGAGCGUGGAAGCCCGGAACGAGUACGACGUCGAGUACGCUCCCCUAGCCCGCGCGGUCGAUAUGUGUCACCUCAUCGCGAUGAUUACGUGCGUUCUCGUGACGCUCGAGAUGAAUCUGUCCGCAGCUACUACAAAGUACUAUGUGUUAGUGCUUUACACCCUAAAGCGUCGGAUGAGAUUGUCAAGGAUACUUUGUAUAGAGAAUAUAAGAAGUAUGGUGACUUUAGUAUAAAAAUAUCCCAUGAGUUGGAUGAGAGAGUAGCCUACAUCUGCUUCCGAAGUGCAGAGGAUGCGAGAGACGCUAAACAUGCCAAGCCUAGGAUAAUACUGUAUGAUAAAGUUGCUAUAGUUGAUCCUGUUUAUGAACCUGUACGUUCUGAGUACAGACCGAGGCCUCGUAGUAUAACUCCUCCUGACUAUGAUCGCCCUUAUUCAUACGCUUGGUCUCCUGUACCAGAGAGACGUCGUCCCCCUCCUGAUGAGAGAGCCUAUGGUAUCCCUCCUACAGUGCCACCUCACCAUAGAGAUUUCCGCCCUCCUAUGCAUGAGUAUCCCAUGGCAGGUCCUCAUGGGCCUCCAAUGCAUCACAGACCACCUAUGCAUCACCCUCCACAUCCCCAUUAUAUGCCACGUCCAUACAUGCCCCGGCCUCACCAUCCUCCAUUUGAGAAAAUUGAGAACAAAAAAGAUAAAUUUCCAAAUUACCUACAUCAUGUUCAACCUGAAGAUGAUCCAUUAGCUACAAGAACUCUUUUUGCUGGUAAUUUAGAAAUAAACAUUUCUGAUGAAGAGUUACGCCGAAUUUUUGGACGCUAUGGUAUAGUAGAGGACAUUGACAUUAAAAGACCUCCUCCAGGUACUGGAAAUGCUUUUGCAUUUGUUCGUUAUCAAACUUUGGACAUGGCACACAGAGCCAAAGUUGAAUUAUCAGGCCAAUACAUUGGCAAAUUCCAAUGUAAAAUAGGUUAUGGCAAAGCUACACCCACAACACGUGUCUGGGUGGGUGGUCUGGGACCAUGGACUUCAGUAGCACAGUUAGAGAGAGAAUUUGAUAGGUUUGGUGCCAUUAAAAAGAUUGAAUAUGUGAAGGGUGAACCUCAUGCCUAUAUUUUAUAUGAUUCUAUUGAUGCAGCCCAAGCUGCUGUCAAAGAAAUGCGAGGCUUUCCUUUAGGAGGACCGGAGCGGCGUUUGCGUAUUGAUUUCGCAGACGUUGGAACAGGUGGACCCUACAGACCUAAACCUUACAGUGCACCUGUUGGUGAAGAUGGUAGGCCUGUUGAAGGAUAUGAGGGAUAUGAAGGUAGUUCUUGGGAGGAUGGUUAUAGCUAUGGUACUUAUAGGGGUAGAGGUGGGCAUCGUGGCCGUGGACGUGGCUCCUACCGAGGUGUCUAUCAUGGUACAGGAGAUUAUCGUGACGAAGAGUGGAGACGUGCUCCAUUAGAUUCAGAAUAUGAGAGUCGCUUGCGUCGUUCUGGAUCAAGGGAGCCUGGAGUCGAUAGAUCACGCUCACGAUCUCGUCGUAGAUCACCUGAUAGUGACUCUGAUGGAUCAAUGCGUAGAAGUAGUGGGAUGCUAUCUUCGUCACGAACAAUGGCAGAAUUAGUUCGUAAAGCAACUACAAUUUGGCAUGGAGCACUGAUUCUCAAAAAUUCAUUGUUUCCUACCAAGUUGCAUUUAACAGACGGUGACUCUGAAAUUAUUGAUAGUCUCAUGAAAGAUGAAGAUGGUAGAAAACAGCUCAGAAUCACACAAAGAUUACGUUUGGAUCAACCUAAGUUAGAUGAUGUUCAAAAACGUAUUGCCACAUCUAGCUCUCAUGCCAUUUUUGUGGGUGUGUCUGGUUCUACUGCUGUAGUCACCAAUGAAGAUGUUUCGAUACAAACACGACCAAUGAGGAAUUUGGUAUCAUAUCUUAAGCAAAAAGAAGCAGCAGGUGUGAUAUCACUUUUGAACAAAGAGACUGAAGCUACUGGAGUUCUCUAUUCUUUCCCUCCAUGUGAAUUUUCAACAGACCUUCUCAAAAGAACAUGUCACAAUUUAACUGAAGAGAGUUUUAAGGAAGAUCACCUAGUUAUAGUAGUAGUACGAGGUGGCACUGCUUAAUUAUUCAAACACUGCUUUAGUAGAUUG